CUCUGACCGUCCUUUUGAUGCAUUCGUCUUUUAAAAUUAACAGUUUUUAGCCAACUGACGACAUUUUGAGGCGAGUUCCACUCGAAUAGACGUUUCAUAAAAUUGAGUGUUUGGUGGGGGUGAAUUUCCUAGUUGAUUCCAGUGUGUGACUAACAACGACUAAGAUCGAGAUUAAAAAGUGUAGAUUCCCCUGUGGUUACUGGUUCCGUCUCUUCAACACUUCCACCGGAAUCUCGUGCACAUUGUGGAUGUAACGUGAUAAACUGGUAAAACCAUUAGGUUCCGGUUUUACGGUUGAAGCUCUCUCUCUCACAGUUUUUGGCGAAAAUGAUUCGAGAUCGACCGUUGAAGAUAACAGUGGUCGGCGACGGCACAGUGGGAAAAACGUGUGUGCUGAUUGUGUACACCAAGAACGUUUUUCCUGUCACAUACGUGCCAACUGUAUUUGAUAACUUUUCCGAUACAAUUGAAGUGGACGGACACGCGUACAAUGUUUCGCUCUGGGACACUGCCGGGCAGGAAGACUACGAAAGGCUGCGCAUUCUCUCCUAUCCUAAUACCGACGUUUUCCUACUUUGCUACGCUGUCAACAAUCGGACUUCAUUCAAUAACGUCACAUCGAAAUGGAUUCCCGAAUUGAAGCACCACUGUCCUAAUGCGCCCAUCGUUCUCGUCGGAGCAAAAGUUGAUACCCGGAAAGAGGGAUCUACAGAUGAGGAUUGCGUGUCUUAUGCCGAGGCUGCCAAACUGAGCAAGAAAGUUGGUCCUUUUAUCGAGUGCUCUGCAAAGACUGGCGAGAAUUUGAGACUAGUCUUUCAAGAGGCUGUUCGGACAGCUAUAAACAAACCAAAGACCAAACCUAGAAAUUGCAACCUCCUCUGAAAGUCUAAGAAACGCAAGAAAUAUGAUUGGAACCAGUUCACGCAAAUUCGGUUGUGUGCUAACAUUUCCAUUAAAAUAGAUAAAUAUAUUUUAUUUCAAUGAUGA